CGUAAUCACAAUGGACAGUGAAGGGGAGACAGCACUUAUUCCAUCUGAAAUAAUGCAUUACAGUAUUCUGCAAGCAAGCUCAGGACAUGUGAAUGUUGAGACAACAUUGAAGCUCCUUGCAUCACCAACACAUCAGCUUCCGGACAUCCCGGGGGCUGACGAGUCUUCAGAUCAUGUCGUGAGAUUGGUUGCAUCAGUGUUCCGUCUGUGUGAGGUGGAGAGGAGGGCCGUGGAAGUGAAACUUGGCCAUCUGCUGAGCCCAGAAUUGGGCUGCACUAUCAUGUGGUUCCUGCGACGAUGGUCUCUCUCAUACCUUCUCCCCGUCGAAACUUAUUACUCUGAG